AGUCUCAGUAAAAUCGAUAGCGUGCAACGCUUCUCCAUACAAAAUAAGCGAUACUGUCGCAACUUGGUUAUCGCUCCCGGUCGCAUGGUACCGAUGUCGCUCACUGGAGGAUGAAUCUUUCACGUUAUUCGUGCCGCCAUUUCGUCGCGAAAGAUGUCCGGAGUGACCGUAUUUAUGGCGUUCUGAAUUCGUUCUCCGUGGUUUUUUGUGCAUGCUGAGCUGUUUUGACGAGAUUUCACAGAGAUGCAGCAACCAAUUUAUCAAGACCAGCAGGGCGGGCAGCAGGGGGCUGGUCAACAGAUGCUCCUGUGCCCCGUCAGAUUGGUUUACGAAACCCAAAUCUUGGUUCAACCUGGUGAACAAAUACAACCGAACCAAACGAUUUUCAUAAACCCGCACAACCCACCGCCAUGGAUACAGAACAGACCUCAGAACAACGUGAUGUACGUCCAACAGAUGGCGCCCAACAACUUCAUGCCACAAAUACAGCAACAGCCGGCACAAAAUCCUAUAUACAUCCACCAGAACUACAACAACUUGCAACAGAUGAUACCGCAACAAAUUAUAUCACAGGCACAACACAAAGAAGUGCGAACAGCUAAUGUACAAAUGGCUAACAUGCUGCAGCGAAACCCUGCACAACAAUUGCAACCUACAGCUAAUCCAUACAAUACAAGCGCACCGAACGAGGCACAAAACACUGCCACCACCAACUUCGGAGUAAUACCUGCAAACUACAUGCAAAACCAAAUAACCCAAAACCAAAUCAAUUUCAUCCCAACAAAUGCUAACAAACAAAUUAUACAAAACGUACAAACACCCAGACCGGCUGUAACGACAACAAACGUUAUGAACUUCCAAAGAAAUAUCGAAAUACAGCAAAACAUACCCAGGACCGUUGUGCAGCAAACCUUCCAACACGAAAGUAACAUACAAACAUCGCUGCCACAGUCGAUAACAAUGGUACCCAUCCAGCCAACACAACCGCCUCAAAGAACUAACGACACCCACGAUCAAAGUACACAAAUUCGACCAAUGCAAACAUUGGUCGCCAACAAACCAACCAUACCUCCAACAGUCACCACAAUUUCAAAUUCAACACACGAAAGAAUAGUAAAAAAAAUAGCUGCAGUCACACCAAAAGGUAAUAUUACUGUAAAUACAUUAGUAAAUACGGUACCAAAAAAUGUCUCUUCAUAUAGCUACAGACCAAUCCAACCCAGACCUCAGCAACAGAGAAAUAUAGUACCCAAUAUCAUCCCUACCAACACUCAGGCACAAAUUAAAGGUCCACCAAAGAUGCAGCAACCUGUAACUUACAAUGCAAACCCACUUACUUAUCUGAUGACAUCGAAUUAUACUAACACUGAACAGAGUAUGUUUAAUAGAAAGAGAAAGAGUGAAUCUCCUGAUGAGGUACAAAAGAAAAUGGUCAGUCAAAUACCACAAAAGGGUUCACCAGUUGCUGUGGUCUCUUCGGUGCAAACAAACACUGUCAACAGCAUUGGCGUAAAUACAAUGCCAAUGCAAAAAACACAUAAAAUGCCUGCAAAUAUUACCAGAAUUCCUAACAUGAUACGUAACGAAGAAACCAUAAAAGAAAUACAACAAAGAGUCGAGACUCAAAUGGUCAAAGAUACAUCGUCGCAGAGCGAAACAGAGAAAUUACUAAGGAAUACAGUAUUUACACAAGCUAGGAACAGAGUUUUAGCUGAUAAACAAGAAAUGAUAAGUACAAAUACAAUAAAAGUCGAAACUAUUACUAGUGAGAUAAAAACUGAAUCAAUACUUAAAAAGGAACUUGAAAAAGAACCCGUUAAAAUUGCGGAAGAAAAUAAGCGGGAUUUAGUGAAAAAAGAGGAAGAAAAUAAAAUAGAACUAAUUAAGAAGGAGGAGGAAAGCAAAAAAGAUUUAACUAAUAAGGAGGAAGAAAUUAAAAAAGAAAUAGUCAAAAAGGAAGAAGAGAUAAGAAAGGAGAUAAUCAAAAAAGAAGAGGAAAUUAGAAAAGAUUUAAUCAAAAAAGAGGAAGAAAUUAGAAAGGAUAUAAUAAAAAAAGAAGAAGCAAUUAGGAAAGAUUUAUUCAAAAAGGUAGAAGAAAGUAAAAACGUAUUGGUCCAAAAGAAGGAAGAUAAAAAAGAAUUAAUCACAAAAGAGGAGGAAAAUAAAAAAGAUGCACCUGAAAAUGAAACCACUAAAUCAGUAGUUGUUCAAAAGGAAGAAAAGAUAGGCAAAGAUCCAAGUAAUACAUUAAAACCAAACAUAAGAGAAAUCAAUGUACUUGGUAAUAGACAAUCAAACGACAAGAACAGUUUUGUAUUGACACAUGUACUUGAUGGUUAUGUUAUACAGGAGUCUAACAUAGCUUUCCCUAUUCGAAGACCAUUAAAAGAGAAAACACUUCUACCAAAUACAAAUACAGUAUCAGUAGAUAAAAAAGAAUCCAAAGAAGUGAAAACUGAAACAAGCACAAAGAUCAUUAAUUUAUCAAAUUUGAAUUUAAAUGACGUUGAAGAAAAGAAAAGAGUUGCUGAAGGAGAAGAAAAUAAGGAGUGCACGGAGAGCGAUAGUAAAAAAGAUAACCCUUUUGCAGUACUUAAGACAGAAACAGUUAAAAGCUGGACGGUAAAAGAAUUGACGGAACAUCUUGUGAAGUACGAAUGGGAUGAAACAGUGACAGUGUUACUUGAACAUGAAAUUGACGGUGAAUCUUUAUAUUUAGUGUCAAAGAACCAAUUAGUCAGUAUCGGUAUAAGUGAAGAGCAUGCUGAUAUUAUCUGUGAUUUCGUUAAGAGAUGAAGUGUUUGGACAAAAGUGUAAAAAAUGUAGAUAAAUUAGUGUUAUAAAAUGUGCUAUGUCAGUGUCUGAAAAUAUAAGAUGUCACCCCUGAUAUUUUAAAAAGAAUAAGUGUAAAUUUAAAGGUAAUUUUUACCAUUGUAUUACUUGGAAUCAACUUAAUGUGUUCAUAUUUUAACUAUAGGUUCUUUAACUAUUGCUCAAUUAAAAUCAUGCAAUAAGUUUUAACUACCACAAAAAAGAUUCAAUGCAAGUUAAUAAGUAAUUUUUUAAAGUAGGUUUCCACUACAAUAUGUACAACAUAACUUUGUGUGCAAAAACAAUAUUAAACAUGCUAUGAUUAUAAAGCACUGAAUUUGCUACAUGUAAACACUGACCUCUAUAAAUGGACAGGCUAUAAGAUGUGGUAUCUUGUCUAUUUGAUUCUUGACACCGAUGGAUGCAGUUGAUUUAAGAGGUUAGGAGUCAAACUAAUAUUAGACAUUGAAUAAACUAUCAACAUUGACAGAUUUUGAAGUCGGAAUGAAGCAAAAGCUGUCAUUUACAUUCAAUAACCUAUCCAUUUGUACAGAUCAGUGAAUAUAAAGGACUAUGCCCCAAUAUUCUGUUUGUAGAAGAUAGCAAAUGUAUACUAAUUGUAAAUAAAAAAAAAUGUUAAAUAAAUAGUUUAUACACAGAGUUAUUUCUAUGUAAAAUUACUGUGAGUAUAAAUUAUUUAAAAAACUUGCUGCCUUUUGAUAUUUGGCGUAAGUUCAAUAGAAAUGUAAUAAAUUAUUUUUUGGUGCACUAUUGUAAAAAGUACUUAAACCUGGAUCAGGUACAUUUUAAACGUAAAUAAACAAGAAUUACCAUUGA